GCCCCCACCCACCUCCGGCCCCACCGCAGGCCUGAAGAUGGUGAAGCUGUUCAUCGGGAACCUGCCGCGGGAGGCGACGGAGCAGGAGAUCCGCUCGCUGUUCGAGCAGUACGGCAAGGUGCUGGAGUGCGACAUCAUCAAGAACUACGGCUUCGUGCACAUCGAGGACAAGACGGCGGCCGAGGACGCCAUCCGCAACCUGCACCACCACAAGCUGCACGGCGUCUGCAUCAACGUGGAGGCCAGCAAGAACAAGAGCAAGGCCUCCACCAAGCUGCACGUGGGCAACAUCAGCCCCACCUGCACCAACCUGGAGCUGCGCGCCAAGUUCGAGGAGUACGGCCCCGUCAUCGAGUGCGACAUCGUCAAGGACUACGCCUUCGUGCACAUGGAGCGGGCGGAGGACGCGGUGGAGGCCAUCCGAGGGCUGGACAACACCGAGUUCCAAGGUGACGCCGCGUGGCACGGGGACGGGAUGGGAGAGGGAGUCGAGGUCAGGUAGGACGGCGGGCCCGGCUCCGUCCUCGGUGUGAAGCCGCGUCCUCCCGGCUCCUCGCCCCGCCGUUCCGCGUUGAAGGGCACGGAGGUGUCUCGUGGGGCGCCCACACGGCGCCCUGGGGCUGAGAGGUGGAGCUGUGGUGGAUGUGGAGCGGUGCUCGGGUGUCUCUGUCCCGAAUCUGGAGUGUUUUGGGGUCUUUGUGUCCAAAAUCUGGGGCGUUUUGGUGCUUUUGUGUCUCAAUCCGGAGUGUUUUGGUGCCCGGGUCCCCAAAUCCAAGGCGCUUCGUGUCCGAAAUCUGGGGCGUUUUGGUGCCUUUGUUCCCGAAUCCGGGGCAUUUUGUUGCCUUAUGUCCAAAAUCUAGGAUAUUUUGGUACUUUUGCCCCAAAACCAGGGCGUUUCGGUACCUGUGUCCCCAAAUCCAGGGCGUUUUGGUGUCUUUAUGUCCAAAAUCUGUGGUGUUUUGGUGCCUUCAUCUAAAAUAUAUAUUUUUAUGCUUUUGUCCCCAAAUUCAGGUCAUUUUGGUGCCUGUGUCCCCAAAUCCAAGAGCUUUGUUACCUUUACGUCCAAAUUCCUGGGCGUUUUGAUGCCUUUAUGUCUAAAAUAUGGGGCAUUUUGGUGCCUUUAUCCUAAAUAUUGGGAAUAUUUGUAGCUGUAUCUGCAGAAUCCAAGGUGUUUUGGUGCCUUUAUCCCAAAAGCAAGGCUUUCUGGUGCUGAAGUCCCCAAAUCCAGGACACUUUGGUGCCUUUGUCCCCAAACCUGGGGCGUUCUGGUGCCUUUAUCCCAAAAUGUGGUGCAUUUUCAUGCUACUAUUUCCAAAUCCAGGGCAUUUUGGUGGUUUUGUCCCAAAACCUGGGCAUUUUGCUGCCCGUGUCCCUGAAUCCGGGGGGUUUUGGUGCCUUUAUCCUAAAUUUUGGGAGCAUUAGUGCCUGCGUCUCCAUAAUCUGAGCUAUUUUGCUGUCUUUAUCCCAAACCUGGGGCGUUUCGGUGCACUUUGCGUGGUCUGUUGAGAUUUGCAAGGAAUGCUCGGCUGCCUCCAGCCCGGAUUUGGGGUGUUUUGAUGCAUUCCAGCCCAAAUUGAGAGCAUUUUGGUGCUUUUCCUUCGGUUUAGUUGAGAUUCGUGGCAGUGCCAACAAAAAUUCGGGGCACUUUGGGACCUCUGAUCCAAACGUGGGGCAAUUCGGGGCCCUUCCUCCCCACCUGCUGACAUUUGUAGCCACGCUCAGUUCCUUCCAACCCAAAUUUCGGAACAUUUUGGUGCCUCCAGUGCAAAUCUGGGGCACUUUGGGGCACCUCCAACCCAAAAUUGAGUCUCUUUGGGUCCUCCAACCCCAAUUUGGGGCACUUUGGGGGACCUCCAGCCCCAGGUUGAAGUACUUUGAGACCUCCAACCCAAAUUUGGGGCACUUUGGGUCAUUUCUCUCCGUGUGCUGAGUCCUGAAAGCGAUACGCAGCUGCCUCCAACCCCAAUUUGGGGCACUUUGGGGGACCUCCAGCCCAAAUUCGAAUAAUUCUGGUACUUCCAACCCCAGUUUGGGGCACUUAGAGACCACCAACCCCAAUUUGGGGCCCUUUGGUUCAUUUUUCCCCACAUCUUGAGAUCUGAAAGCGACGCUCAGUCGCCUCCAACCCCAAUUUGGGGCAUUUUGGUGCCAUUUCCCCCCCCCCACGCUG